CACAUAGUGUCAUUUUUUUUCAGACAGCAAUCACGUGACUACUAUGCUCGGCUACGUAGCUUUGUUCGUAGUUCCUCUGCUAAAAAUAGCAACAGCCACGUUCACACCAUCUGUGUCUGUGACAUGCGCAAUUGGUCCUAGUUACACUGUGUCACUGACUUCCGGUUCUACAACUGGAGUGAUAUUUAUAGACGGACAAUGUGCAGCCCAAAGCACGGCCGCUUCAGGGUCGUACACGUUCGACGCUGCUGCUUGCACAGCUGGGACCGUACCUGCGCUGGGGACUGAAUUCAAGCUGGUCGUGCAGGAAUACUCCACCAUUAAUUUGGCUACUGACUACAUCGUCAAAGUGACCUGUAACCUUGACACUUCCAGUGUCGAAAAAGUUGUUACUCUAGGCACCACCGGAGAUGACUAUGACGUCACAGAUGUGAUCGGCCGACUGUCAUCACCUAACAUUCACAACGUCCUUCGAAGCAGUGUGGUAACAACAUAUCACAACGGAACGGUCGGAAUUGCUGCCAGAUUCGUUCUGUCAAUACCAUCGGCCGUAAGCAGCUUCAAGCUACUUGCACCUGUGUUUGAUUACCAGAUUACUACCUUGGCAGUUUCAGCCACUGACUCUGUCAAUCUUAUAUCUGCCGGAUGUACACAAUUUGCGAGCAUCAUUGCGCAACCCAGUGCACAGUCAGGCGGCGAUUUGACCGUGUCUUUUAGCUUGUUUAUCCCAAAGGAUACCAGCUCUUCUCCAAGUCUGCCGGGAACCGGGUCCACCACCGUGACCUUCACCUUUACGAUUGAAGUCUGUGACUCAUCAUGCACCGCGCCUACUUGUGGCGGCACACGACGAAGGAGGAGUGUUGAUGACGUCACCAAUUCUACAGUCGAAGUCGAGCUAGCAACAUCUCUCGUGAUUUACCCAGCAGGUCACAAAUUGGCCGAAAAAAUGGCACUUCCAGAGAUGCAAAAUGAAAACGAGGCUAACGUGUGCUUGUCUAAGACCCCGUUGAUUGGUGUGAUGGUCGCGCUUGCAGUUACUCUGGCUGUGUGCAUGGGUAUCACGGCAUGGAUGUUCUGGCGCCUGAGGAAGCCCACUACCAAACGAGACAUGUCCGAGUUCUCAAACAUGGGAUAUAAGUCUUAAAUUGUUAAAAUUGCAAGCAAAAAUAGAAAGUUAACAAACAAUUUUCUGGAAAGUUUUCUUUUAUAACCUUUUGAUCUAAUAUAAUUUUUCUAAGAGAAAAAAUACUUUUUUCCAUGACAUUGGUUUGAUGCCGAGUCAGCAUAGGUCAAAAUACACAGAAUCAAAGUAAACAGAAAUAAUGGACAAUAUUUCCUUCAUUUGUGUUUUAAGCAGUAUGCUUAUAAUAAAAGUUAUUUUAUCAAUAAUUUUAAAAUGUCCGAAACAUUGUGGAAUGAUGGUAAUGAUUACAAUUUACUCGGACUCUACCAUAUACGCCCUGUGUAGAAACUCAAACUUUAAAUUAAAAUCAUCAAAGUAUUAAAUCCAUAUAAUAUUUUAGUGAAACACAAGAUUUUCAUACACGCAAAAUGAUGAAACUGCUUUAUAUAUCUUGUUUCGUUAUGGUCUUUGUUGAUGUUUUUGUAUUUAUAUGUACUAAUGACUGUUUUGUUAAGUUUCCUCUUCAAGUUUAAGAAUAAACUGAUUUCGGUAUCUCUUAUACAUUAUUUUACUAUUUUUAUUAUAAAUUACACUCACUCCUAGAAUAUGAUAUAUUUUUUGUUGUUGUAAAAUUGUGAAAAUAGCCAGUUUAUAUCCGAUGUCCAAUAUUACAAUCAGUUCUCUCAGAAAAUCUCUAAAAUAGACUGGCAUUUGUCACUAUUAUAUAAAAUUAAAAAAAAAUCACAAAAAGUUGAAAUUUUGUGACAAAUUCUUUAUUAUCAGUCUAUUGGCUUGUCUAGGCUAUGAUGUGCAACUGUCAUAAGCGCACGUUAUCACAUGUACUAAAGAUACGCAGAACUCAAGUGCUUAGAUUUUGUUACCAGGAUUUACUUUAUUCUCUUUAAUUUAAAUGUGCUGUAUAAUGUGUUGAUAUUUAUACAUGUUUUGUGAAUAAAUAGUCUUUAAAAAACAUC